AUCCAAAAUCCUCACAGAUUGAGGAACACCAGGAACUCAGCAGCAGCCAGAAGGGAGAACAAUUCAUUGUGAAGUUUGAAAGUGAAACCUUGAAGGUUCCUUCUGUUGAGGAUCACAGUGACCUGAGUGACCCAGAAGUACCAGAGACUGAGUGGUUCCUCUCUCAGGACUCUGAAGUCCACCAUGAGAAAAGACACAUGGACUCAGAACCAGCUCCACAUUUGAAGCUGAAAAAACUCAAGGUGUUUGAUAGAAACAGUGAGAACAUCUGUCAUGUUUCAGAGAAGCAGGCUGAAUGUGAAGAAAGGUGUGAGGAAACUGACCAUAACAAACAUCAGUUAAAGGUCCCUGCUGAGGAGAUCCUUCAUGAAACAUGUGGCCAAAGUUUCAGGCAACCAGGCCGCAAGAGAACUCACACAGGUGAGAAGCCUCAUUCCUGUGAAACAUGUGGAAAAAGUUUCAGGUAUCAGUGUCAUUUGUUGAUCCACAUGAGAACUCACACAGGUGAGAAACCAUAUUCUUGUGAAACAUGUGACAAAAGUUUCAUUCGACAGGGUGAUUUGAAGGUCCACAUUAGAACUCACACAGGUGUGAAGUCGUAUUCUUGUGAAACAUGUGGCAGAAGUUUCAGGCAUCAGAGAAGUUUGUUGAUCCACAUGAGAACUCACACAGGUGAGAAGCGUCAUUCUUGUGAAACAUGUGGCAAAAGGUUCAGUCGACAGAGUCGUUUGUUGGUCCACAUGAGAACUCACACAGGUGAGAAGCCGUAUUCUUGUGAAGCAUGUGGCAAAAGGUUCAGUCGUCAAAGUAGUUUGUUGGUCCACAAGAGAACUCACACAGGUGAGAAGCCGUAUUCUUGUGAAACAUGUGGUAAAAGUUUCAGUCGUCAAAGUAGUUUGUUGGUCCACAUGAGAAUUCAUACAGGUGAGAAGCCAUAUUCUUGUGAAACAUGUGGCAAAAGGUUCAGUCGACAGAGUCGUUUGUUGGUCCACAUGAGAACUCACACAGGUGAGAAGCCGUAUUCUUGUGAAACAUGUGGCAAAAGAUUCACGCAAAGGCAUAUUUUGAAGGAUCACAUGAGAAGUCACACAGGUGAGAAGCCGUACUCUUGUGAAACAUGUGGCAAACGGUUCAGCCGACAGAGUCACUUGAAGGACCACGUGAGAACUCACACAGCCGACAGAGUCAUUUGA